AUGGCUCUCCCUAAAUGCAUCUCUCUUCUCCUCUUCAUCGUCCUCCUCAUCUCCUCGCGAGCCGUCGCAGUUUCUUCUUCUUCUUCUUCUUCUUCUUCUUCGGGAGACAACGACUGCGGUAUAAAGGCGGUGUACAGCUUCGGAGACUCCAUCGCCGACACAGGGAACCUCCUUCGCGAGGGAGUCGACAACACUAGCUUCUCGUCGAUCGCGCGGCUCCCCUACGGCGAGACCACCUUCGGUUACCCCACCGGUCGCUGCUCCAAUGGCCUUCUCAUGAUCGAUUUCAUCGCUAAGGACCUGGGCCUUCCUUAUCUCAACCCCUACUUGGAAAAAGAUGCCAAUUUCACAUACGGAGUCAACUUCGCCGUUGCCGGAGCCACCGCGCUCGACGCCUCCUUCUUUGCAGAGAAAGGCAUGAUGAUACCCUUCACUAACAGUUCACUUCAUGUUCAGCUAGGAUGGUUCAAGAGCCAUCUUAAGACUAUAUGCUCUUCAGAAGAAGAUUGUGGGGAGAGGAUGAGGCAUGCACUCUUUAUGGUUGGUGAGAUUGGAGGUAACGAUUACAACUACGCAUUCUUCGGAAAGAAACCAAUUCAAGAGGUGGCCACCAUUGUCCCUUAUGUUGUUGGGAGCAUAAUUACUGCUGCAAAGGAACUUCUUGACAUGGGAGCAGUUCGACUCGUGAUCCCCGGAAACUUUCCUAUCGGAUGCAUCCCCGCGUACCUGACGCUCGUAAACUCCGUGAAUCCUUCGGCGUACGACGAAAACGACUGUUUGAUCGACUUAAACACCUUCGCCAUGUUGCACAACGUGAAGCUCCAAAAAGCCAUCGAAGUGCUCCGGUUGCUGUACCCGAAUGCCGUCAUUGCUUACGCCGACUACUUCCGCGCCUUCUUAUAUAUCCUGAACAACGCAGACAAACUAGAACAUACAUGUAAGUUUGAUCUUUUCAUGUUUAACGCAUUAAUCACUGAUUGUUUUGAAGGAUUCAACAAGAAGUUCUUGCACCAAGCGUGCUGCGGAGGCGGUGGGGGGUACAACUUCGACGCCGCUGCGAUGUGCGGGGCUCCUGGAACUUCGGUGGAUCGAAAUCCGUCGAGUUUCGUGAGCUGGGACGGAAUUCACCUGACACAAGAGGCGUACAGGAUUAUGGAGAAGCAAUUAUUCGGCGGCGGAUACACGUAUCCGAGUAUCGAGCUUACAAAAUUGGCAAAAUGUCAGUAAAAUCAGAGUAUAGCUCUCUAGGCUUCGAUUGUAGAUUAGCUCUGUAGAACUAUAUAUUAGGCCAGUUUUUAGAAAAAUUUUUCCUUUUUUUUUUAAAGUUUUUGCUGAUCUUCUUUAGCUAUUGAUAGUUGUUUAAUUUGGAUUGAUUUGAAGACAAUGUUAAAGUUUUAACAAGUGAAUAACAAAUUAAUUCGAUUCUGUCCAAGUUUG